UCGCACCGGACGGAAUAUUUCAUCAGCGAGUGUCUACUAAUUUAAACCUUACUUUUCACCUGCAGUGGAUAUACAGUGUCGCUUCCAGAGCGCAUCUUCAUGAGAUGCUAUAUGACGCGCAGGGAUGCGAGGGAAUCUAUUCAUUCAGACACUUUUCUUCCUUUGAACGCAAAAGACUGAAUUCAGUCGAGAAUUGUUAAGAUUAAAAUGUCUACAUUCCUUUUCUUAUAGCCAAACUUUUGUUGGGGUUUCAGCCACAAAUCCUGCUAAAUUAAAUAUUAAUGAUACUAAUGAUAAUUUCAACGUUCGUAGUUCGUGAACGCACAGUUUUUAAAGUUUGACUCAUCAGGUUUUCUAGCAAUAAUUGGUUUGUUUGGUAAACGGACUGUUUGAUGGACUCCUCCUCAGUGCAUGCCGGAUUCAAACGCGCGGGAGCCACGCGCACAGUGUCUCGCAUCGCUCUACGGCGCAACAUGUAUCCGACUCGGCGCGGGAGAACGCGCGCUGCGGGCGCAGAUACGCGUUGGAGCAUCAUGUCCAGGAGCGCGAUAACGCUGAAGUGGAGUGCCGGUUGGAUUUUGAUGGUUGGCGUCAUCAGUAACACUUGGGCGCAAGAUGAUGUUCCACCCUAUUUCAAAAUGGAGCCGGUGGCAACCCAGAUCCACCUGGAAGGGAACCGGGUGGUUCUCACCUGUAUGGGUGAGGGCAGUUGGCCCCUGGAGUUCAAAUGGCUUUACAACGGUACCGAACUGACACGUUUCACAUUGGAGUACAGGUACGUAAUUCCAUCGCUGGAUCGUUCCCAUGCGGGCUUCUACAGGUGUAUUGUCAGGAAUCGGGUUGGGGCUUUGAUGCAGAGGAGCACACAAGUCCAGGUCGCCUACAUGGAAGGCUUCGUGGAAAGCGAACGAUCUCAGGUUGUGUCCCAAGGGGAGGCGGCAUUGAUCUCUCCCCCACAGAUCCACAGCUUUCCCCGACCCGGGAUCACGUGGUUUCGAGACGGACGCAAGAUUCCCCCCAGCAGCCGCAUAGCUAUCACUCUGGACAACACCCUGGUCAUUCUCUCGGCGGUGGCUCCUGACGCAGGCCGUUACUACGCUCAGGCCGUCAACGACAAGAACGGAGAGAACAAGACCAGUCAGCCUGUCAUCCUCAAUGUGGAAAAUGUUGGUGGCCCAGCAGACCCCAUCGCUCCCACUAUAAUAGUCCCACCGAGGAACACCAGUGUGAUGGUGGGCACGUUUGAGGUCACGCUGGAAUGUGUGGCCAAUGCGAGGCCUCUCAUUAAACUCAGUCUUACAUGGCGGAAAAAUGGAGUACCGGUAAACCGAGGCCUUAGGGACUUUGGCCGUCGCCUGACAAUCAGCGGUCCAUUGGUCAGUGACAGCGGCUACUAUGAGUGUGAAGCCUCUCUCCGGAGCAGCAGCGCCCCCUCUGUCAGAGCUGGGGCACAUCUGCACGUUCUGGAACAUCCUCAGUUUGUGAAGGAACCUGACAGACACAUAACGGCUGAGAUGGAGAAGGUGGUAGACAUCCCAUGCCAAGCCCGCGGUGUUCCUCAGCCAGAUAUCGUUUGGUACAAGGACGCUGUACCCAUAAGUCCCGUGAAGACACCUCGUUACAGGGUCCUGGUGGGCGGCAGCCUGCAGAUAAAUGGACUGCUACCCGACGAUACCGGCAUGUUCCAGUGUUUCGCUCGCAACUUAGCGGGAGAAAUCCAGACGAACACGUACCUCGCUGUCACCAGUAUCGCCCCGAACAUCACGGCCGGCCCUUCUGACAGCGCUGUGAUUGAUGGCAUGUCUAUCAUUUUACAUUGUGAGACCUCAGGAGCCCCACGGCCUGCAAUCACAUGGCAGAAAGCUGAUCGGGUUCUGGCUAGCGGAUCUGUCCAGCUGCCACGUUUUACUUUGCUGGAGUCGGGAAGCCUCCUGAUAAGUCCCUCCCACCUGUCUGAUGCUGGAACAUACACCUGCAUGGCCAGUAACUCACGUGGGAUUGACGAGGCUUCUGCCGAUCUGGUGGUGUGGGCUCGGACGCGAAUCACCAAUCCUCCUCAGGACCAGAGCGUGAUCAAAGGCACCAAAGCAGCAAUGACCUGUGGUGUGACCCAUGACCCUAGUGUCACAGUCAGGUACGUCUGGGAGAAAGGAGGAUCGCUUAUCGACGUGAAGUCGAGCCCCCGUUUGCGUCUAGAUGCAAACGGCACAUUGCAUAUCACUCAGACCUGGUCAGGGGAUAUCGGGACCUACACCUGUAAGGUCACCUCUGUCGGAGGCAACGAUUCCCGCAGCGCUCACCUGAGAGUCAGGCAGUUGCCUCACUCCCCUGAGAACCUCAUCGCCACCCUGAGCAGCUCUGAAAGAAGAACCAUCAACCUGACAUGGGCCCAGGCCUUUGACGGCAACAGCCCGCUCAUCCGUUACAUUCUGGAGGUGUCAGAGAACAACGCUCCUUGGACCAUCCUCUUGGCCAACAUCGAUCCGGAAGCCUCCAGCGUGAUUGUCGGAGGUCUCAUCCCUGCACGUUCCUACCAGUUUCGCCUCUGUGCAGUCAACGACGUAGGGAAGGGCCAGUUUAGCAGAGAAACGGCGCGAGUAUCAUUACCCGAGGAGCCACCAAGCGCACCUCCUCAAACAGUUAUAGCCAGUGGCCGAACCAACCAGUCCAUUAUGAUCCAAUGGCAGCCACCUCCCGAGAGCCAUCAAAACGGACCCCUACAAGGCUACAUAAUCAGGUACUGCCUGUCUGGAUUGCCAGUGGAUUGUCAAAUGAAGAACAUCACCAACCCAGACCAAACAAAUCUUCUGCUGGAGGACCUCAUCAUUUGGACAAACUACGAGAUUGAGGUGGCCGCGUACAACGGGGCGGGCCAGGGCGUCUACAGCCCCAAAGUCACCGAAUGGACCCUGCAGGGCGUGCCCACGGUCCCACCGGGGAACGUCCAGGCGGAGGCUGUCAACUCCACAACAGUCCGUUUCACAUGGAGUGCCCCAAGUCCACAGUUCAUCAAUGGCAUCAACCAAGGAUACAAGCUGUUGGCAUGGGAACCAGGCCACGAGGAAGAUGUUACCUUGGUUACGGUGAGACCCAAUUUUCAAGACAGCGUUCAUGUGGGUUACAUCACGGGGCUGAAAAAGUUCACAGAGUACUUCACCAGUGUGCUGUGCUUCACCACGCCGGGGGACGGACCUCGCAGUACCGUGCAGCGCAUACGUACUCACGAAGACACCCCAGGACCUGUAGGUCACCUAAGCUUCACUGAAAUCCUGGACACAUCUCUCAAAGUGAGCUGGAAGGACCCACCUGAAAAGAACGGGAUCCUCACAGGGUAUCGUAUUUCCUGGGAGGAGUUUAACAGGACAAACACACGGGUCACACACUACCUACCAAACGUGACGCAGGAGUACAGGGUCACCGGCCUGACCGCCCUCACUACCUACACCAUUCAGGUGGCCGGGAUGACCUCUAAAGGUCAAGGUCAGCUGUCGUCAUCUACCAUUUCUUCCGGUGUGCCGCCAGAGAUGCCUGGGCCUCCCACCAACAUCGCCAUCUCCAACAUCAGCCCACGCUCAGUUACCCUGCAGUUCAAACCCGGCUACGACGGCAAAACAUCCAUCUCACGCUGGCUGGUAGAGGCUCAGAUCGGUGUUAUCGGAGAGAAUGAGGAGUGGGUCACGGUCCAUCAGUUGACCAAUGAGCCUGAUGCACGAUCGCUUGAAGUCCAGGGGCUGAACCCCUACACCUACUACAGGUUUCGAAUGAGGCAGGUCAAUAUAGUCGGCACGAGUCUACCAAGCCAGCCGUCUAGAAAGAUCCAGACCCUACAGGCGCCUCCUGAUAUCGCUCCGGCCAACAUCACUCUCCGAACGGCCAGUGAGACCAGCCUGUGGCUCAGAUGGGUGCCGCUACCAGAGUGGGAAUACAAUGGCAAUCCAGAGCUGGUGGGCUACAGGGUGGAAUAUUCUCGACUGGGGUCAAAGACCGGCGUCCUGUUCCACAUCAUUCCCGAUAGGCAGGAGAGAGAGUUUACCAUUGAGGAUCUGGAAGAGUGGACUGAAUACGAGGUCAAAGUGCAGGCGUUCAACGGGAUUGGGCCGGGACCCUGGAGCCAACCUGUUCAUGGCAGAACCAGAGAGUCGGUCCCUUCCAGUGGCCCUGCGAAUGUGUCUGCUUUUGCCACCACGUCCAGCAGCAUACUGGUCCGCUGGGGUGAUGUGCCAGAGACAGAUCGCAAUGGACUUAUUCUCGGCUAUAAGGUGGUCUACAAAGACAAGGAUGCAGAUGCGGUCCUGCGUUUCUGGACAGUGGAGGGAAAUACCACCUACAGCGUUCAGCUCACCGGUCUGGGAAAGUACGUACUUUAUGAGAUACAAGUUAUGGCCUUCACCCGCAUAGGAGACGGCAUGCCGAGUUCUCCUGCCAUCUUUGAACGCACGCUCGACGAUGUACCCGGACCUCCAGUCGGGAUCCUUUUCCCAGAAGUAAGAACUUCGUCUGUGAGACUGAUCUGGCAGCCUCCUGCCCAACCCAAUGGCAUCAUCCUUGCGUAUCAGAUUGCUUACAGGAGAAACUCCUCUAGCAUUACCUCUGCCACUGUCGAUGUGCUCAAUCCCAGCGUACGACAGUAUACCGCCACAGGACUGAAACCGGAGAGCGUUUAUGUGUUUCGACUCACGGCACAGACCCGAAAAGGCUGGGGGGAGGCGGCCGAGGCCCUGGUGGUCACUACAGAGAAGCGAGCUCGCCCACAGCCCACAAGUCGUCCUGUCGUACCUCAGGAAGAAGUGCAGGCGCGCAGUGUGCUGUUGUCAUGGGAACCAGGCAGCGACGGUCUGUCGCCGAUCCGAUACUACACCAUCCAGUACAGGGAGCUGCCCGAAAGCAACUGGACCGUUCACUCGGCAUCAGUCAACCAUGAGGCAACAUCUUACGUCGUGGACAAGCUCAAACCUUUUACUUCCUACCAGUUCAGAGUGAAGGCCACUAAUGAUAUCGGGGACAGCGAGUACAGUGUGGAGAGCGAGGCAAUCACCACUCUACAGGACGCACCCGACAAAGCUCCCACAAUCCUCUCUGUGACGCCGCACACCACCACGUCCGUGCUGGUCCGCUGGAAGCCGCCCCCCGAGGAGGAGAUCAAUGGUAUUUUGCUAGGUUUUCGAGUUCGCUACAGAGAACUGCGUUACGACCGCCUGCGCAGUUUCACUGUACGGACCGUCAACAGCCCUUCUGCCAACUGGGCUGAGCUCACGGCUUCAUACAGUGUGAGGAACCUGACUGAAUCCUCACUUACUCAAUACGAGCUGGACAAUCUGAAUAAACACAAGCGUUACGAGAUCAGACUGAGCGUGUAUAACGCUGUGGGAGAGGGACCCGCCAGCUCGCCUCAGGAGGUUUUUGUGGGAGAGGCCGUGCCCACCGCUCCGCCGCAGAAUGUCGCUAUCCAAUCUUCAACCGCAGCUCAGCUUGAUGUCACGUGGGACCCUCCACCAGUAGAGGCUCAGAAUGGAGAUAUUCAAGGCUAUAAGAUUUAUUAUUGGGAGUUUCAGCUUCAGAACGAGACUGAAAGAGUCCGCACCCUUUUCCUGCCUGAGCUGAGCGUAAAAUUAAAAAACCUGACCGGCUACACCACUUACAUGAUCAGUGUGGCUGCAUUCAACACAGCAGGUGAUGGCCCACGCUCGCUGCCCACCAGAGGGCGCACUCAGCAAGCAGCUCCCAGUGCUCCCAGUUUCAUCCACUUCAGUGAACUCACCACUACAUCUGUCAACAUGUCCUGGGGUGAGCCCAAGCAUCCCAAUGGCAUCAUAGAGGGCUACCGUGUGGUCUACGAGCCCUGCACGCCUGUGGAUGGUGUCAGUAAAAUUGUCACUGUGGAUGUAAAGGGCAGCGCCCCUUUGUGGAUGAAAAUCAAGGAUCUGACAGACGGAGUGACCUACACUUUUCGCAUCCGUGCCAAAACUCUCACCUACGGUCCUGAGAUCGAAGCCAACAUCACCACUGGACCUGGAGAAGGUGCUCCAGGGCCUCCAGGUGAGCCGUUCAUUUCUCGUUACGGCUCGGCCAUUACACUUCACUGGUCCAGCGGUGAUCCCGGACGAGCCCCCAUUACACGCUAUGUCAUAGAGGCCAGACCAUCUGAUGAAGGAUUGUGGGAUAUUCUCAUCAAGGACAUUCCUAAAGAGGUGACAUCUUACACUCUGAAUCUGGAUAUGCUCAGAGAAGGAGUCACUUAUGACUUCCGUGUUAUCGCAGUGAAUGAUUACGGGUAUGGUUCUCCGAGUACUCCAUCCCCUUCAAUUUCAGCCCAAAAGGUCUCUCCCUUUUACGAGGAAUGGUGGUUUCUGGUGGUUAUUGCUCUGGUUGGCCUCAUCUUCAUCCUUCUGCUUGUAUUUAUUCUCAUCAUACGAGGACAAAGUAAAAAGUACACCAAGAAAACAGACUCAGGUGCCCACUCCAAUUGCACAUCUCUGCCCCUCUCCCAUGGGGAGAUGGUGCGGCUGGAUGAAGGACGUUUUCCAGCCCUGGAGCUCAACAACCGUCGGCUCUCUGUGAAAAAUUCCUUCUGCCGGAAAAACGGAAUUUACACCCGAUCUCCACCCCGACCCAGUCCCGGCAGUCUGCAUUACUCUGAUGAAGACGUCAGCAUUAAAUACAAUGACCUGGUCCCGGCAGAUAGCAGUAGUCUGACUGAAAAGCCCUCAGAGGUGUCUGACUCACAGGGAAGUGACUGCGAAUACGAGUUGGAUCCUAAUCGGCAGAAGACCCACUCUUUCGUCAACCACUACAUCAGUGACCCCACCUACUAUAAUUCCUGGCGUCGACAACAAAAGGGCGUAUCUCGCCCUCCGGCGUACGGCUACUCGCAGCCCGACACUGUGGCGGAACAGGAGUCCCGACCCCAUCCUCCUCCGCUGCCACCUUUACCACCCCUGCUACCCCACACCAAUCCCUCUCCGCAACCCCAGAGCCACGCCACCCUGUUUAGGCCUAAGGGGAGCCGGACUCCCACCCCAUCGCUGCUCUCCUCUGAAAACAACAGUCAGCACACCAUGUACAGGCCGCCUAGCAGCCUGGGAGCCUCCACCCAGGUCCCAGCCACGGGAUUUUCAUCGUUUGUUUGAUAGAAGACUCUCGUUUGAAUAACAGCACACCUGUGUUUGACUCCUGCAUUAUCAUUGGUCUGUUCUUACGGUGCUGCAUCUUGUUAGACAUCCAGUGCUGCUUUUGGAGUUUAUUCGGCCCCUCGUGAGGACUUGCAGGUGUGUAUGUGAGCUAGAGCAUUUAAACACAGACAAUCAUGUUUAGAGAAUUUGUUUGUAGCUUGUUAAUUUAUUUACCAUUCACUAUGUCAAGAAGAUUUCGGGAUGUUCAGAAAUGUCAAAUUUGAAAAAAUGUGCUUAUUUUAUGUCCAAAAGUGUUAAGAAAUACUUUAGAUCUGCACUAAAUCUGACACAUUUCUAGAUGAAUUUUUGACAUUGGUCAUGUUAUUUCCUUGCUUCCAUGGAAGCUUAUGAGAUGCUCUUUAGAUCAGUCUCAAAUCUAUGACAUUAAAUACUAAGAAAUACAUGUAAAUUCAGCAUUUAACAAAGAAUAAAAUGGUGAUGAUACAAUCUGCACUGAACAAUUUAGCAAAAUAUAAUUAUGAUUUUUAUUUUAUUUAUCUUAGUCCCUAAAAGUUGAGUAAAGGCUGAUUUAUGCUUCUGCGUUGGAUCUACGCCAUAGCCUCUAGUCUCCACCAUAGGCUACAUGUUAGUUUUCAUUUAUACUUAUGUCAUUGUUUUGUGUCAAUGUGCAAUUUCUGCAACUGAAAACUGAGGAUAGCAUGGAUUGGGAUUGAUAGUCCCUUGACUCUGGGGCGUGAGCUAUGCAUGUGAAUCGUCUCAGCUCUUUUACUUGUCAAUAGCGAGGCGGCAUGGCGAUCUCAGCUCAUUUCAGGUAAUAAAGUAACAGGAGAAAGAUGGUACCUCUCCUUCUUCUCAUACAGUUUAUACCGAAUAAGAAUAUUUGUUUUCGGGUUCACUUACAUAAUUUGAAGAAAGACAUUCCAAGCAGUAUUGUAUGUAGACAUUUAUCAAUUUUUUAUCUGACAAGUAUUCGUUAAGUUAUAGUUCAUUUUUAUAUGUAUAUCCAAAAUCAGCAGAGUAAUCUAAAGGGGGUCAUCACCACUGGAUGCGCAGCUCAGCGUCGCGUCUAGGACAACUCGCAGGUAUCGUAGAACCGGAAGUGCACAUUAAAUAGUGCAAGCUUAGUCAGAUAGCGUCUACUUCAUAAUGCUAAAUAUACGUUAGCAGCCAAUGUUAACCGUUAAUGAUUUGGGACAAAUAUGAUGUUAAUUAAUGUUAAACUAUGUGAGUGGCGCUCUGUGGCGCAACUGGAUUUGAGCAACUUCCUGAGUCGUAGCUGGGCACCGCAGACAGGCGCCACCUGUCGGUGCCAGUGUGCGUACACUCAUAGAAAACAGUGUGUUCAAACGGCGUGGGGCGUCCAGUGUGUGACCCCCUUGAGUCUCUUUGUGCAGUGAAUUAAAAAUAAAGUGGUUGCGACGCCCGCGCCACGGUCGACCCCAGGGAGAUAAGUCACUGAAAGAGAAACGAGCCAUUUUUUUAAAGGAUUUUUUUCUGGAUUUACAAAUCCUUGGCAACUUUUGGGAUAAUGUAAGUGGUUUUGUAUAUUUUAUUAACAAAAAUCUUGCAUAUUGUGGCUUUAAAUAUUGCCCCUCAACUUUGUGUAUCUUUUUUAAUGGCCACAAGCGGAAAUGCGUAUGAGGAAAUGCAAUGCAAUGACACGUUACAUAUUUGAAGAGACAGUGUAGCUGUAGGUCUGACGCAUAAGUAUAAAUCAUGCUUAAGAACAAAUUGCAUUUAGCAUUGUAUAUAAUGCUAGAAAAAGCUCUUAUUAUUUGUGAAAUAACAAGGAUUUUGUUCAAAUUUUGUUUGUGUGCUUUUGCUCUGAUGUGUUCGGUCAUUCGAUGACAAAAUAUCUGAAAAAGCAAAACAUAAAACUGUGAAUUUGUAGCAAUGUCAGUCUUUGAAACUGAAGCCUUUUCCCUGCACCUUAUACAAGCGAAUUCAACAAACAUGACUAGGAAUGGGAAUAGGAUUCCUGUAAGGAAAUUGAAUUUUUAUUGGUUUCAAUACAUGGUCUGUUUUAUUUUUUGCUUAUCAUUUGUAAAAAAACAGCCAAGUUGGCACAGAAAAGGGGGCAAAGGAAGAGAAUGUGGAUGCUGCCAUCGUUUUGGUGACUGCUGCACAUUUCGUUGAAAUGUUUAAAGAUCGUGUGCGUUUGGUUUUUCAUAAGACUGAAAGAUGCAGGUACUUAGAAGAUUGUUUAUGAGGAAAUUGUUAUGCCCAUAAUAAAACAACAACAUAUAUUUACAUAUUUAUUAUGUAAUUUUAAGAGCUACCACUGAAAAUGUUUUUUCACAUCUGAGAAUAUCAUGCACAAGACAAUGUAAAGAUAAGUGUGUGGGUCAAUAUCUUCCAUAGGUAGUGUACAUUAAAAGAUCAACAUUUGCAAAUGAGCUACAUGGACUCACAACACACGGUUUCACAAAGCAGGUGAUGCUACACUGUGUAAGAUGAUUUGUAUAAAUAAGUCACAUUCGGGGUUCCUUUACUCAUAGAGAUUGAUAAAAAUGUCUGCUAUUUUAAACGACAUUGUAUGUAUUUCUCUGAAUAUAUUGUAGAAUGUGUUUUCUUAAAGUUCACGCAGUUUGACAUAAUGCAGUAUGCUUACGUGUAUGUCAGCAGAUAUGCUUCAUUUCUAUACAUUCGAUUGGUUUUAUACUCUUAACUUAAAAAGAGCAACAGCAGUCUUAUGUGGCAAACUAUUUUAAAGGACUUUAAAAUAUGAUGAUCAUGAAUCACAAUAUCUUCUGUCUUGUUCUCUGUGAAGUGACUAUCAAUGUACAGAACUUGAUGAAUUAUAUUGGACCAAGGCAUGGUUCUUAUUGAAAAUAAAUUACUCUAUUUUUCA